UAGCCGUUAAAGGUCAUAGAAGCAAGUGCCUAUCGACAUUUUCACAAUCCUUCGAUCGUAAUUGUUUUCUUCUGUUGGAAUCGAUACAGACCCGUACCGUAUGCAAUCCGCCUGUUCUGUUUUCAAUCUCUCAAUCUAUCUCUCCUCCAAUUUCUCUCUUAAGUUUCCGCAGAUCUCUUCCGCUAUUGUCUCUGUGUAUGUAACUCCGAAACGAAAGUUUCCUGCUUUCUAGGGAUUCCAAUUUCCAUUAAAUCUCCCAAAUGAACCCUCCUCUGCUUCCGAGGCACGUAGCUGCGGUUAUCAAAUGCCAGAGAGAUCCCAUCAAAGCGUUAAAGAUCUUCAACUCGAUGAAAAAGGAAGAGUCUUUCAAGCACACCUUAUCCACCUACCGCAGCGUCAUCGAAAAACUCGGCCUUUACGGCAAGUUCGACGCCAUGGAACAGGUCCUGGUCGAUCUGCGGCGGAACAUCGGUAACCACAUGCUCGAAGGCGUCUACGUCGGCGUGAUGAAACACUACGGUAAGAAAGGGAGAGUCCAAGAAGCUGUGGACGUGUUCGAAAGGAUGGAUUUUUACGAGUGCGAGCCCACGGUCUUCUCUUACAACGCUAUCAUGAGCGUGUUGGUCGAUGCUGGGUACUUUGAUCAGGCUCACAAGGUGUAUAUGAGGAUGAGGGAGAGAGGGAUAACGCCUGAUGUGUACUCGUUCACGAUUCGGAUGAAGUCGUUUUGUAAAACCCGUCGGCCUCACGCUGCUCUGAGGCUUCUUGAUAACAUGUCUUCUCAGGGAUGCGAGGUGAACGCGGUUGCGUUUUGUACGGUGGUUGGUGGGUUUUACGAGGAGGGGUUUAAGGCGGAGGCGUUUGAGGUGUUUGGGAAGAUGCUUGCGUCGUCGGGUGUUUCUCUUUGCGUUGGUGCGUUUAACAGGGUUGUGCACGUGCUUUGCAAGAGAGGAGAUGUUGAGGAGUGUGAGAAGCUGUUGGAGAGAGUUAUCAAGAGGGGCCUUGUACCGAACCUGUUUACUUAUAAUUUUUUCGUUCUGGGGCUUUGUCAGAAAGGUGAGCUUGAUGCUGCUGUGCGUAUGGUGGGUUGUCUCGUGGAGCAGGGACCGAAACCUGAUGUCGUCACGUAUAACAAUCUGAUAUGUGGUUUGUGCAAGAGUUGUAAGUUUCAGGAGGCGGAGUUUUACUUGGGGAGGAUGGUGAACGAAGGGCUUGAGCCUGAUGGUUUUACCUAUAACACGUUAAUAGCUGGCUACUGCAGAGGUGGAACGGUGCAGCUUGCGGAGAAGAUUCUUGGUGAUGCUGUUUUCAACGGGUUUGUGCCUGAUGAGUUUACGUAUCGGUCCUUGAUUGAAGGGUUGUGCCAGGAAGGUGAAACGAGCCGUGCUUUGGCAUUGUUUAACGAGGCCCUUGGGAAAGGAAUCAAGCCGAAUGUGAUUCUUUACAACACGCUGAUCAAAGGGUUGUCUAAGCAGGGUUUGAUUCUGGAAGCUGCUCAGUUAGCGACUGAAAUGUCUGAGAAGGGUUUGAUUCCCGAGGUACAGACUUUUAACAUACUGGUAAAUGGAUUGUGCAAGAUGGGAUGCGUUUCUGAUGGUGAUGGUCUUGUGAAAGUCAUGAUCUCCAAAGGGUACUUCCCUGACGUUUUUACAUUCAACAUUCUGAUUCAUGGUUAUUCCACACAGCUGAAAAUGGAAAAGGCACUUGAGAUGUUGGAUGUUAUGUUAGACAAUGGCGUUGAGCCUGACGUGUACACUUACAACUCUUUGCUGAAUGGUCUCUGCAAAACGUCAAAGUAUGAAGAUGUGAUGGAAACAUAUAAAACGAUGGUGGAGAAAGGUUGUGGUCCUAACUUAUUCACGUUUAACAUACUUCUGGAGAGUCUAUGCAGAUACAGAAAGCUAGAUGAAGCUUUGGGGUUGCUUGAUGAAAUGAAAAAGAAGAGUGUGAAUCCAGAUGCGGUUACUUUUGGAACUUUAAUCGAUAGGUUCUGCAAAAGCGGAGACUUGGAUGGAGCAUACAAGUUGUUCCGGGAGAUGGAGGAGGUUCACAAGGUUUCAAGCUCAACGGCAACAUAUAACAUCAUCAUCCGUGCUUUCACCGAGAAGUUAAAUGUUGCUGUGGCGGAAAAGCUUUUCAAAGAGAUGGUUGACCGUUGUCUUGUUCCUGAUGGAUACACAUACCGGCUUAUGGUUGAUGGCUAUUGCAAAACGGGAAAUGUCGAUUUGGGGUACAGGUUUUUACUGAAGAUGAUGGAAAAUGGGUUUAUUCCAUCGCUCACAACGCUUGGACGCGUGAUAAACUGUCUUUGUGUGGAGGAUAGAGUUUAUGAGGCUGCUUGUAUUAUCCAUCGGAUGGUUCAGAGAGGACUGGUCCCUGAGGCUGUGAACACUAUUUUUGAUGUUGAUAAAAAGGAGGUGGCUGCUCCUAAGCUUGUCUUGGAGGAUCUGUUGAAAAAGAGCUGUAUUACAUAUUAUGCUUACGAACUUCUUUUUGAUGGCCUUAGAGAUAAGAGGCUACGCAAGAAAAAGGGUUUCACAGUUGUAGCCAUAUGAAUCUGAUGCAGUGGCUAACGUCAGAUCUAGUUAUUUAAAGAAGUGGUUUGAGUUUGUUUGAUUUGAGAGCCAUUCCUGGAGAAGAUGGUAACUCAACCACUGGGCUAAGUAGCUAAUGCCCCCGGUGAGCUUUCAUCAGAAGACACAAAGAUGUUGGAGUUGCUCUGAUCUCUUAAACAUGAGAUUGAGUAAUGCAGCAUCCAGUUUUUUUGUUCUGUUGCAGCACUCUCCUGGAUUGAACAUGGGCGCAAAUCGUUUUCAAAUUAACAUCCAAUGCACCAGUGUGAAAGAAGCUGCAGUGACUGAGAAGCUGCACAAGCCUGCUGGAGAUGCUCCUCUCUAUACUUCUGGAGAAAGGUCACCAACCUAUCAUGUGGCACUUGGACUUCUUUGAUCACAGGCAACUGUUGUAGGCGCUCUAUCCAGUUGAAUAAAGUCGGAGUGUUCACUGGACAAAUUAUCUCUACACCGAUGGCUUCAUGAAAAACUUUGUGGACUCCAAAACUAGCGAUGAUGAUGAUGUCCAAAAGCCCUACGUCAUGAUUCCCUCUGAUGAUUUUAUUGGGGAAGUGUUUCUUGAGUCCCUCUUCAAGAACUUUGAAUCUCUCUCUAGCCUUUUCCACAGACCUUGUUGCAGCUUCACCCUUUUGGUACAGUACUCGAGCCAUGACCUCAAACACCUGCAACAAGAAAAAAAACAGUCAUUUCCUACAGUAACCGUAUCAGUGUAUAGGAGGAUUAUCUGAUGAGAUAUCUGGUAAAAAACACCUCUUGGUUGAUGUAGUUGACCCAGAAUCUGACCUGGGCCCUUUCAUAAGGAUCCUCCGGGUAGAGACGAGGAGAGUUCUUCCACGUUUCAUCGAUAUAGUCAAGAAUCACUUGUGAUUCAGCUACUGGUUUACCAUCAUGGACAAGAAGAGGGAUCUUCUUGUGAACAGGGUUGAGUUGAAUCAGAGACUCUGUCUUGUUCUUUAGAUCUUCUUCUACGUACUCGUAGGAUAUACCCUUGAGUUUAAGGGCUAAUUCAACCCUCUUGGAGUAUGUGCUUGCCCACAUCCCAUGUAAUAUCACGUUGCUCUUCUUUUUCUCCAUCCUUUUCUCUUUCUCUCAAGUCUUCUUGUGGAUUAUGAUUUGUGCUUCCUUUCUUCAAACUAUUUUAUAGAGAGAUUUAAGACCAGAGUGUCUACUUUGAACAUUGUUGUCUUGUUCAUCAAGCAUAUUGUGGCUUUAUUUUAUGUUCCGUUCAAAGUU